GCAGGUUUCAGACGAACUAGGCCGUGGAACACGAAGCCCAUUCGGAGUUAGGUUGAACUAAACCCACAAUCUCAACCUUUCAGAGAUAACACCGAAAUUCUCUCUCUCUCUCUCUCUCUCUCUCUCUCUCUCUCUCUCUCUCUCUCUCUCUCUCUCUCUCUCUCUCUUCGAAACCCUAGCCUCCAUUCUCUCCCCUUUCUCUCUAAGACGAUUUGUCGCCUCCAUCAUUUAUCGGAGCUGUUCUGACGAUUUCCUGAGCUUCUCUUCGCUCCUCUGACUCCUGAGAACCCUUACAAAUGCCAAGACUCAGUCACAAUUUCUGAUCAGAAAACUUUGAAUGACUCGGAAACUGAACCGACGAUUCUUCAAUGAAUCUGCAUGAGCCCGAUCUGAACCAGACUGCCUCUGGAUCAACCAUCUGACAUCAAAAGCUUCAACCUUUUCAAAUCACGGAACCCAGAUAAGUCUUCCCUGACCUUUCUCUUUCCGAUGAACACAUAACAUUUCCUGAUGUACUGAUGUUGAUUGUAGAAACCUUUUCUUAAUCUGAUCUUUCUUUGUUUUCAGGAAACCCGAAAAUACUCCACCUGAAACUGUUCAUGCACCUACAGAGAUCUCCACCUCGCUUCCAAUACUCGGGUAACCAACAACGGAGACACAUCGUUACCGAAGCCGCUUCUUCUUCAGAACAGGUUCACCAGUUCAGGGAAAAGCCUGAACUUUGGAUCAGGUACAUGUCUAACCUCAAUGAAAUCGAACUCCAAACAUUCCCAAAUGAAGUGGUACUUCGGGAGUAUGUGUUUGUUUCUCCCCUGAAACACCGGGUUCUUGCUUGUUUUGCAGCUUCUGUAGCAGCCAUGAACUUCGCCUCACAUGAAGAGAGUUCUACAGUGGGUUGCUUAGACGAUAUCUAUGUGAUCGGUGAUGUUCCAAGGUAGAACAUAAACUCUUUCGUGCUUCUUCCAUAAUCAACAUACUAGAUUUUGACCCGCGCUUGGAAGCGCGGGUUUUUCUUUGGAUUGUAAUCAAAGUUUCUUAAUAAAUAUUUUAGAAUUCUUGUA